GCGAUUCCGUGCAAGAUCUGUGGGGACAAAUCCUCAGGGAUCCACUACGGAGUCAUCACCUGCGAGGGGUGCAAGCCAGCAGAGCGGGCCCAGCUUCGCCUGCAGCCGCGAGCAGAACUGCAGCAUCGACCGCAGCAGCCGCACGCGCUGCCAGCACUGCCGCCUGCAGAAGUGCCUGCGCCUCGGCAUGUCCCGCCAGGCCGUCAAGUUCGGCCGCAUGUCCAAGACGCAGCGGGACCGGCUGCAGGCGGAGGUGCAGCAGCAGCUGGCGCAGCGCGCAGCCGAGGGGACCCCCACGCCGCCCCCCGGCACCCCGGGGCGCCCCGGCACCCGCCAUGGCACCGCAGGUGGCAAAGCCCACGUGGGGAGUGACACCGCAGCGCAGCCGGAGGGGACCAAGAGGGGUCCGGAUGGGGACAAGGACAGGGGGGGUCCUGGUUUCCACCCCCACCCAGGUGUCGGCAGCCUCUUGGAGUCAUCCGUGUCUGCCGGCGUGGAGAUCGAGCAUCUCACCCAGAACGUCCUCAGGUCAUACCGGGAAACCUGCCAGUUCCGUGCCGAGGACCUGCAGCUCCGGCGCUGGGAGACCUUCACCCGUGAAGAGGUCUGUGCCUACCAGAAGAAGUCGAUGCAGGAGAUGUGGCAGCGCUGUGCCGCGCGCGUCACCGAGGCCAUCCAGUACGUGGUGGAGUUCGCCAAGCGCCUGCGCGGCUUCAUGGACCUCUGCCAGAAUGAUCAGAUUGUCCUCCUCAAAGCAGGUGCCAUGGAGGUGGUGUUGGUCCGCAUGUGCCGAGCCUUCAACGCCGACAACCGAACGGUCUUCUUCGAGGGGAAGUUCGCCGGCGCUGAGCUCUUCCGGUCCCUGGGCUGCCACGAGCUCAUCGGCUCCAUCUUCGACUUCGCCCAGAGCCUCUGCGCUCUGCACCUCUCGGAGGGCGAGGUGGCCCUGCUCAGCGCCAUCGUCCUCGUCAAUGCCAGCCGGCCGUGUCUCCAGGACAGGGACAGGGUGUCUGGGCUACAGGGACACCUGGAAGCCGCUCUUCGGCUGCUGCUGCGCCGGACGCACCGCGAGGGACUGCUGAGCAGGCUGCCGCCGCCCGGACGCCUGCGCACGCUGUGCUCGCAGCACGUGGAGCAGCUCGAGGCCUUUGGCCGCCUGCACCCAGGGGUGCUGCCCGCCGCCUUCCCCCCGCUCUACCGCGAGCUCUUCGCCCCCGAGGCCGAGACCCCCAACAGCACCCACUGAGGCUCCAGCACCGAGACCCCCGGGACCCCCAGCAGCACCCAUCGAGACCCCCGGGACCCCCAACAGUGUCCAUUGAGACACAAAACCCCCGGGACCCCCCAACA